AUGGACAAAUGGCAUGGUCCCUUCCCACCCCGAGCUGACAGGGAGAGUUAUUUGGAGCUUUACGAACGCAUGACCUUGACCCCUUUGGGCCGCACCACGGCGGUCGUCUUGAUGAAAGGCGUCAGGAGUCUCCAUAGCGCACACUUGCUGGCGCAGCUGCUGGAUACAGAGCAGGAGACCCAGGCCUUGAACAAGACAAGUAGUCCGGUCGUGGAGGCCAUCCUUGCCUUGUCAGUUCUCACAGAGGUCAAUGCGUCUGAUAUCACAACGCUGUUCCCGUGUAUCAAGGUCGAGGAUUGGUCGCGUGGCGAUAUGGCCUGGUAUGAUAAUAAGUUCCGGGGUAUCUCGAAAAGGGUGGUUGGACGCGGGCCCCUGUGGCUCGCAGUUGGCCUCUGGCAUAUACUGAUGACCGACAACUCGUUGCGGGGACCUCUUUCGCACUUGAACGAGGCUAGUAUCUCCAUACACGUUGAAAAGACAACACAAUGGGACCUUCGCCUCUCCAAACUGAGCAAGAUCUGCACGACUUUGCUAGAUAUGGACAAAGUCGAUGGACUGGGCCUUUCGCCUCUGACGGACGAGGAGUUCAUGGCUGUCGAGGUCGCGCUUGUCAGAGCGUUUAUGGACCGGAUAGUGGUGGUAGAGUACCAUGAGGCGGUCAAUGCCGAGGGCGCCAGGGGCUGGAAGUACCAGGCGUGGGAUUUGGCCUCUGGUCAGAGUCUGGGCAUGCCCCCUCUAUCACAGAAUUUCCAUGUUUGGUGGGAUUAUUGCCACAGAAUUGAGGAGACAGCGGCCGGAGAAAAGUCACCAGUAAUCUUCUGUGUGUACAGCUUUCUGAUUUACUGCAUUCAGUCCGUGGAUGACGGUUCUUCCCCUAAGGUCCGGGCCCCUCUCGAUGCUACAUACGUGUCUGGGAGAGCUGUACGUCUCGCGUUUGAAGGGACUGACUCUCAUGCGAAGGUCAGUGAUCCUAUGAGCUACAUUGAGUCCCUGAAGCAGCACGAGAGCCAAGAGGGCCGAAAUGAAGAAGACACUACCACGUGA